GUUCUUGGUUGUCGUCUCCCCACGUAAACCUUCUCGCUUCUCCGUCUCUCCGACCUUCGUGUUCCAACGCACGAACACAAACUUUCUCUACAAAAAAAUCAAAUCUCCAUUCCAAAUGAUUCAAACCAAAUGCUGAGAAAAGUCAAAGUCAACGAAACCACACAACUUCCCACGCGCCGCCACUGAAUCGCGAUGAGUUCGUGGAAGCAAUUGAGCAGGCUCGUCGACGGCGUAUCGCUCGUGGCGAAGGAGAUCUACCACCAGUCUCCUGAGCUGCAGAGGGCGAGGAACGGAGAUCUCGAAGCCUUGGGGAAGAAGGCUCUGGUCGCCGCCACCGACUUGGUCGGACUCACCUCCGGGAAGCUUCGCGGCCUCUCGAGCCGUCGAUCGAAGGAACCGUCUGUAGUAUUCUUCGACGACAAGGACGACGACGGAUCGAGGAAAGGCGAUGUAACCGUCCCUGUGGAGCCUGAGGUUGUUGCAAAACCUACUAUUGUUGAUUCGAAGAUCGUGAGAAGUGAAUCUGUCGAUGAAGCUAGGGUUGUAGAUAGAGAGGGAGAGAAUGUUGGAGUUAGAGCUGAGGUAGCUACGGUGAAGAGAAGGAGGCCUAGAGAACGGAAGGUUCCAUCAACUCCUAUGGCUAGAGCUUAUGGGUUUUUCAAUCUUGGAGCUGGUCUUGCUUGGGGAGCUGUUAAGGAAUCGACCUACAGGCUUGUGAAUGGAACACCACCCACACAAGGGAAUAAGCCUGCGCUCUCGUCUAUUCUCUCUGAGGAAAAUGCAGAAAGAUUGGCUCUUGGGUUGUGUGAAAUGCGUGGAGCUGCACUUAAAGUAGGCCAAAUGUUGAGUAUACAGGACGAGUCACUUGUUCCUGCUCCGAUCUUGAAUGCUCUGGAACUUGUGCGUCAAGGUGCAGAUGUGAUGCCAAGGAGCCAACUUAAUCCAGUUCUGGACGCUGAGUUAGGUCCUAACUGGCAAUCCAAGUUGGGUAGCUUUGAUUACGAACCGCUAGCAGCAGCGAGUAUUGGUCAGGUGCACCGAGCUGUUACUAAAGAAGGAUUAGAAGUAGCAAUGAAGAUUCAGUACCCUGGCGUUGCCAACAGCAUUGAAAGUGAUAUCGAAAACGUCAGACGCUUAUUAAACUACACAAAUCUAAUCCCAAAGGGACUCUUUCUCGACAGAGCUGUAAAGGUUGCCAAAGAAGAGUUGGCACGAGAAUGUGACUACGAGAUUGAAGCAGUUAGUCAAAAGCACUUUCGUAAAUUUCUUUCAGAUACUCCAGGGUUCUACGUUCCUCGUGUAGUCGAUGAGCUUUCAAGCAAAAAAAUCCUAACCACAGAACUUAUCUCUGGAGUCCCCAUUGAUAAAGUAGCCUCGUUAGAUCAAGAAACACGAGACCAUGUCGGGAGGAAGAUGCUUGAACUAACAUUGAAGGAGCUCUUUGUCUUCCGCUUCAUGCAGACAGAUCCAAACUGGGGCAACUUCUUAUACGACCAACCCACGAAAACAAUCAAUCUUAUAGAUUUUGGAGCGGCUCGUGAUUACCCCAAGAAGUUCGUCGAUGACUAUCUACGAAUGGUGAUGGCUUGUGCUAAUAAAGACAGUAAAGGAGUGAUUGAGAUGUCGAGGAGACUCGGGUUCUUAACCGGAGAUGAACCAGACGUGAUGUUAGACGCCCACGUCCAAGCUGGUUUCAUUGUUGGUCUACCUUUUGCAGAACCUGGUGGCUAUGCUUUCAGAACCAACAACAUUACUUCGAGCGUAUCGAAUUUAGGAGCAACCAUGUUGAAACAUAGACUCACACCACCGCCUGAUGAAGCUUAUAGUCUUCACCGUAAACUAUCAGGGGCUUUCUUGGCUUGUAUCAAGCUUGGAGCCACCGUUCGUUGCCGUGAUCUCUUGCUACAAGUUUAUGAGAAGUAUCAGUUCGAUGAUGAGCCACAAGAUUCAGUGGUGGCUUCAAGUUCAGUUUCUUCGUAAAACACUCGGUGUACACAAACUAUAUUAGCCAUUAUUUUUCUCCCUCCAGUUUGGGAGUAGAAGUGAUUCUUGUUUUAGUACACAAUUGAGUUUAAUUUUUAGAAUAAAUUGGUAAUAUUUUCACUAAUGUUGUAAUAUUACAAUAUGCUGGAAAAAUCAAUCAACAAAGUUUAGUA